GCAGGUGGCUCCGCUGCACAGUGGCGUGAUCACUCCACGUGAAUGUUGGAUCAUCGAAUUUGGUAGCAUUAAUCCCUUCUAAGACUUCAGACCCCUGUCACUUGCCUUUAUCAUCUUUUAUCCUCCACGCGCCGGUGUUGCCCGUGUUGUCAUACGAAAAACGCGGAGUCAGAUUAGAAAUUGUCAUAUUAAAAUGAUUCUGGGCAAUAUGACUUGUGCGAUGACAAAGAUCAACAUAUUUUGUCCACAAAAAUGUUUGGUGAGUAUUUUCGGACAUAUUAAGGAAUGUCGAUGGAUCAGGACAAACAGCCGGCAGCUCACGGAAAUAACAGAAUACGAUUCUCCGAUUACCGACGAAUACAAGAGGGGUCCCGCAGAUGGUCGUCCACUUUAUCUGGAUGCACAGGCUACAACACCGAUGGAUCCGAGAGUUUUGGACAAAAUGAUGCCAUACUUUACAUCCUAUCAUGGCAAUCCACAUUCAAGAACACAUAUGUAUGGUUGGGAAAGUGAGGCUGCUGUGGAACAAGCUCGCAAUCAAGUAGCAGAUUUAAUAGGUGCAGAUCCUAAGGAAAUUAUAUUUACUUCAGGAGCUACCGAAUGUAAUAACAUAGCCGUGAAGGGUGUAGCCAGAUUUUACAAAAUAAAGAAAAAGCAUAUUGUAACAACACAGACGGAGCAUAAAUGUGUUUUGGACUCUUGUCGUGCUUUGCAAGCUGAAGGAUUUGAUGUCACGUAUCUCCCAGUUCAGUCAAAUGGCUUAAUAGAUCUCAACCAGUUAGAAGAAGCAAUUAGAGCAGAUACGUCUCUUGUAUCGAUAAUGACUGUAAAUAACGAAAUUGGAGUGAAGCAACCAAUAGAAGAAAUUGGUGCUAUCUGCAGGAGACGAAAAACUUUUUUCCACACGGAUGCAGCACAGGCUGUUGGUAAAAUUCCGAUGGACGUUAAUAAAAUGAAUAUAGAUCUUAUGUCAAUCAGUGGGCACAAGUUGUAUGGUCCGAAGGGAAUCGGGGCUUUAUACGUAAGACGGAGGCCUAGGGUUCGGGUUGAACCAAUUCAAAGUGGUGGCGGUCAGGAACGCGGUAUGAGGAGCGGUACUGUACCUACGCCGUUGGCAGUUGGUCUUGGCGCAGCUUGUGAACUCGCUAAAUACGAAAUGGAGUAUGACAGCAAAUACAUCAGCGAUCUUGCUAAUCAUCUGAUCGACAAAAUAACAUCGAAUCUGGCGCAUGUUGUUCGCAAUGGAGAUGCUGUCGCUUGGUAUCCGGGCUGUGUCAAUUUGUCCUUUGGCUGCGUCGAAGGGGAGUCCCUCUUGAUGGCACUGAAGGAUGUGGCACUGAGUAGCGGUUCCGCGUGUACCAGUGCUAGUCUAGAGCCCAGUUAUGUCUUAAGAGCCAUUGGCGCCUCCGAAGAUUUAGCGCACUCUAGUAUCAGAUUCGGAAUUGGUCGAUUCACGACUUUCAACGAAAUUGACUACACAGCCGAGCGUACGAUUCAACACGUAAAACGACUACGAGAAAUGAGCCCUUUAUGGGAAAUGGUUGAAGACGGUAUCGAUUUAAAGACAAUAAAGUGGACGCAGCAUUGAGCAUUUAGAGAAGCAACAACGUGCGUAAGGAAACCAUUGUUAAUUCUAGGAUGGGCGAUUUGCUUGUUCUUACUUCAGUGCGAAGUAAGGUUUCAUCAUAAACAUGGAUAUAUUGAAUGUUUAUUCCGAUUUCAUAAAUUAUAUAUUGUUCUGCAAACAAGCCUAAA